AUGGGGAAACAAAUUGAAUGCCUUGCCCUUCGGAAUAUUAGCAAGGGUGAACUUGUUUCCUUCAACUACCUUACCACAGAGUGGGAUAUGCAAACUCCAUUCACCUGUCUUUGUGGGGCACCGCAGUGUUACCGUGAAAUACGCGGAUUCAAGCAUCUUGAGGACGAGGCGCGACAGCGGCUAUGGGGCAUGGCGACACCCGCAAUUAGGUCUCUGGUAACUAUGACAAGGGGGGCAGAUGCGUGGACCCAGCUUGCAUCUACGCGUUUUUUUGUCAGUAACACUGGUGUGGUGCACGUGGCGGAAGAUAUGAAGGAGGGAACUGUUUUGAUGAACAUUUCAUGUAUCGAAGUUGUCCGGGGAUGCGUCUCCCUUGAUGGGCUUCGCCUUCGUCAUCAUUGCUCACCUACGGCGGCCGUCAUUGAAAACCGAGUUGUUUUGAUUUCUGCUGUUUCGGCUGGGGAUGAAAUUAAUGUGGAUUUGAAUUGUUUGAGUUAUUUGCUUCCAGAGGCGUUUGAGUGUAGUUGUAGUCAAUUUAAUAGUCCACAUCUUAUUCGCGGAUUUAAGUGUUUGACGGAGGAAAAGAAACCUGCUUGUAUGGUUUUUGCUGAGCCUAGUGUACGCGCUGCAGCUCUGAAGGAUGGUUACAGCAUGAAAUGUGAAUGUCGAUUAAUUAAAAUAUGCGAGGGUGGCACGGGAUUUGAGGCACGCGCCACUAUGAACAUCUCCGCUGGCACGAGGUUUAUGACCGUUCAAGGGCUUUGCUUGCCGUUUGGGACUGCUGGCACUGUACAGUUAGCCGAGGGAAGGCAUCUGCUACUUUGUGGUGGGGCGCAGUUUCUUUCCCAUAGCUGUGAUCCAAACAUUCGUAUUCGGGUUGAUGCGGUAAAUAACAAAAUUGAGUGUGAGGCUUUGCGCGACAUUGCGAUGGAAGAAUGUGUGGCCUUAAACUACGCUGCUGUGGAGUGGGAACUGUAUGCCCCAUUUCGUUGCCUUUGUCACAGUCCCAACUGUUUGCAUGAUAUUCGUGGAUUUAAGUACUUGUCUAGCGCACAGCGGUUGACCCUUCAAGGGCAACUGACACCUGCAGUACGUCAGCUGGCGAGUUCUCACGCCGUUGUGAAGUUACCACCCAACGUUAGGGCUAACACCGCGGGAAUGUUGCAGGUGACACGUACUGUGAACCGUGGCACUGUACUUUUGGAAGGCAUAGAAAUAGAUAUUCAACCAACGCAGGUCUCUCUAGGGGGCGACGCCUACGUCAUCCGACACAAGGAAGAUGCCACGACUGUGUUUGUGGAAGGUCGCUUCAUCACCACGCGCACCAUGGAAGAAGGCGACGUUUUGACAGUUGAUAUGAACUUAUUUAUAUACGAUAUGGUAUCCCUUUUUCCACGCGCUUUUGUGGAGGGAUGCCGAGGAUUUCGUCACCUUUCAGACGCUACUAAACAGUGUAAGUUAUACUUAUGUGAACCCCCAGUACGUGCUCAGGCCAUGCAGGAUGGCUGGAUUGUCAGAUCGUCAUCGCCGCUCAUAGAAGUUCGUCGAAACGGAGAAAUGGGGCAAACUGCAUAUGCAGCCAGAAAUAUCGCCGCUGGUGAAUUUUUGUUCCACUGCGCGGGGCUGGUUGUACCUUUUCCAACAAUGUACACCGUCUGUGUCGGAGAGGAUAAACACCUUUUGUUUGGGGAUGCUGCCGAAUGCAUUGCUCAUCACUGUGACUCAAAUUUACAAGUGGUGGUACAUGAGGAAAGCGAAACAUUUGAUUUUGUAGCAAUUCGAGAUAUAACGAUGGGAGAGAUGCUGAACUUUAAUUACUGCACCACGGAAUGGAUCAUGAAUACGUCAUUUGUCUGCCUUUGUGGUUCGGUCCACUGUGCAGGCACCAUACGUGGCUUUGUCAAUUUGAAGGAAAUAGACCGCCAGCGUCUCUGGCCAAUUACAAGUCCCGUGGUCAAGCGGUACGUCAGCAGGGAGAGUAACUGA